CACCUGGCCUGAGGACGCGAUGCAAAGACCCAUCAGUAAUCUUUCCAACCCGUUAACGCCCCGUAACGUCAUAUGACUUUGGGCAGGAAUGAAGUAAAGGAUCCGUUCAGGUUCAAGGGAGACUGAGAUUCAUGAUGGCAUUCGAUGGACUUCAGACUAGGACAUUUGCAAACUCACUCAUCCCCUCAUACCAACACCAGGCUGGUGCAGAUGUUGGUGGAGAAAACAAUGGAAACAAGACAUGGUCCUUCCUCUCCAUCCCUGGUGUCUCACUGCAGAACCAAGAGACAGCAUCUUAUGUGCCCUGGUCUCAUGCUCAUGAAGAUCCAUAUGACCUUAUCAACUGUCUCCAGAACAGCAGUAUGAACAGGAAACCUACUGAUAAUUCUGAUUGUGAUGGGGAGAACGAGGGUCUGAUGUCAAACAUUUUGAAUGGAGCCCAUUCACAGGACAACAACACUGAAAGGAGCCAUCCUACAUUUAAUCCAUUCUGGUCUCCAAAGAAAUCGAGCGAAGAAUUGAUGCAAUAUUCUCAAUCAGAGGCGAAAAUGCAACAUAACCCAAACCUUUCCUCAAACUAUGUGUCCCGUGAGGCAUUCAGCAAAGCACAUGGACAGUCAAUGGACAAAGAUGUUGGAGAAUUUUGUCCACAGUCCAAUGGCCUUGCUAUCAAUCACCAACUGCUUUUUAAUUGGGCUAAUGUAGACAGGGACAACCACGUCCAGCGUGUUCAGAAGGUGCCCCCAGGUUUACCAGCGCCUAAAGUAGGAAACAAUUACAUGUCACUUAUACAGCAAAGCAAAUGUGACAUAUCACCAGCUGACAGAGAGAGAAGGAAGAGUCACCCUGUGAAUAAUUUCUCUGACGUCAGUGAUGUCUUAAGAUAUCAGAGCCCCUGCUUUGACCCUUACUAUGAAGACAGCUACAUUCAGAGCAGUACUAAGUCCAGUAGUAAUGAUCAGUAUGUGCCACAGGUCAGUAGUUUUGAAUCCUUCACAGCUGGUAAACAUGGUAGCUUUCCAAACAUACACAAGCAGAUGUUUGGCAUGUCUCAUGAUGACGGCUUGGUUGAACAAUGUAAAUUCAAUGGGCCUUCAGUGUCAACAAAAAGUUCUCCAACAAUGCAGAGCCAGAAACUGCUGAUGGCAGAUGUUGGGGUGAUGCAGAGGGAGAGAAAUGGAGUGAGGAAACAAAUAUUAAAACGUGAGGCCUUUCAAGACCAUCUGCUGGAGGACCGUCAGCAGCCACAGCCAUUUUCUCCAUCUGUAAACCUCCCAAACCAAUACCAAAGCAAGAUGAGCAUUCCCAGAGAGAGCAUUACCCUGAACAUCAACCAGGAUAUAAGGCACCAUAUCCUGCAGGGCCAGAUACAGAACAAAGUCAAGCCACAGAUGAAGAAAGAAAAUGCAAUGGUCCACAUGCCUGCAUUUUUGGGAGAAAACCUCUUGACACGGUCACUCAACAACAGUCACAUGAAAGGUGGCGCUAAGAAACAGGUUUUCAAUCGCAGCCCACCCUAUGACCUUCAGGGAGGGUCACAGUCUCUGACAUUCAAUGGAGAAAACGGCGUGGUCAGCACAGGGUCUACGCAGCAGUGCGUGCCUCCCAUAUAUCCUGGACGCUCCAGCAUCCCUCACAACUUCAGCUCCAGAUCCACACUGCUCUAUGGAGAUCUGCAUGACAGGUCAACAAUGAAUGAGUCUGCACUUUUCAACUCCUGUGUUAGAGAAAUGGUGACUAACAGAGUGGAGAACACUAAUCAUGGGAGAGCCUCAGUGGUGAUGAAUAAAGGAGGACCUGUGGUGCACCUGUACUUCCGUGUGGACGAGUGUUUCGAGCAGUGGAGGUGUUUGGAGAGGGAGAGGAAGAGGGCAGAGGUUGUCCUCGUCAGGACAUUCGAUGGGAAACGGAUUGCAGCAGUGACCAACACCUCCCUGCUAAAGAGUCCACCAAAUCCCACGAGAGUGGACCACCUCCUUGUGAAACAGAUAAGGGAGCAAUCAAAGGUGGCAAGUCUCAUGAAUUGGAUGGAAUGUCUGCACAACAGUCCCCUCCCCAACGUCGGCACUGUGCUGAACCAGCACCACAUGGUUAUUUGCUUCACCCAGGCAAGACGUGAGGAGGAGUUGUCCAGCAUGUCCAGACACCAGCAGCAGCAGAGAGCUUAUAUCACAGAAAGCAGAGAGAACCUGAUGAUCAUCGCCCUCAAGGAACUAGCCGCUACCACAAGGAUGCUCCGCAAAGCCCUGUGGUGCGCUCUCCAGGUGACACUGCCCAAAUCUGACAAAAGGCAGGAAAACCAUGGUAACAAGGAGGCAACUUGCAGAGAAGGCCUCACCUCUCCGUUCACACAAUACUCUUUUAAGUGAUUCUUUAGAAGCAGACAAGCAUGAGUUCAAAGUUUUGAAUAAAUUAUUAUAUCCACAGUUGUAAAAUUCCCCAUAGGUAACAGGGUUCAACAAAUGUUUUUAUGGUCUUAUUAACCCAGUCAAUGAUAUUUUAGCUGCAGCAAGGAGAUCGUUGCGAAAUAAGGAAUGAAUGAAUGAGAUUUGAAGUUUGAUGAUGGCUGUCGUGAACCUUCAGGUGGUUGUUUAGGAUUCCCAAUGAAAUGUAGCUCGUCCUGCUGCAUCACAACUUCAUUUGUCAUUGAAUUAGUGUCUAAUUAACGUGAAUCUUGAGCAAACACCAUUGUAUUUUAAGGCACUAUUUAUGUGGAAGAUUUCAGUGAGUUCUUCCUUGUUUUACUUAUUUAUUGGAAUAUUGGUUCCUGGUAUUCGGAGACGAUAAUUGAAUCAUAAAGCAAAAAUACGCAAAAUUAUUAAAAUGGUCUGAAUUUCUGCAGCUCUGUUUAAUCUCAUGUAACAUUAAU